AUACAACAGAGGUAGCGUGAGAUCCAUACUUUUGACCAUAGGGGAAACAGUAGAAUCCGAAUCCGAAUGCUCAGAUGGGUUCGGGUCAGCCAUCCGGAGGGCAUCACGACCCGUCGAUUACCAUGAAUGACGUUUUCCCUAUCGUCGUUGAUUUUCUCUCUCCUUCCUUCCGUUCAGUUGACUCUCUCCAAUGGAACUUUGAAAGUGAAAUUGUGAAUUCUCAGGAAUCUAGGAGAUUUUGACAGUUGAAAAAAUGGUAGGGGACAAGAAUACAAAAUUGAGAUUUGAGUUGGUUGCUUACAUUACUAAUAAUAAUAAUUUUCCAGUUUCUCAUUUUCUAAGAGAGAGGAGAAGAAGCCCUAACAGUUACCAUUCCGACCACUCGAAUUUCACUCCAUGAUGGAAUUCUUGACAGUUGUUUUCUAUGGAGAGUGUUCCUGUGGAAGAAAAAUUGGGGUGGCUGCUUUGCAAUUGGAGGGGGAAUCUAUCCGAUAUAGGGAGUAUAUAUCAAGCUAUCUUUGAGAGGAAUUUGACUAGGGUAACAUUGCUGUCAAAAUCACAAACCCUACAAUAUUAUCUCAAGAGAUAUCUCGGCUUACAGAACUUUUCUAUGCCAGUGAAGAAGAUCCUAAUGUGAAGAUGAUAAUAUUAAAGGUAUUUUCAGUAGUAAGAGGAUCUGUAAUAAUUAAGUUUCCUGUCAUAGCUUAACAUGAGGGAAACUUGGUAACCUGAUGAUGGAUUUUGCCCACAAAAAUAUUUAGAGACUACAUGCAGGCAGAGUUGCAUUGAUUUUGAGUUGGUAUCUCACUGAUUCUGACCAAUCUAGUUAUCCUCGGCAUGUAUUAGGUUUGUGUUUCUUAACAAUUGGAACAGUCCACAUUAUCUAAAAACUGUUCACCAAAAUGAUUUUGUUGAAAUAAAAUCAAGAGUCUGUUAGAAAUUGUAUUAAAUAGUUAUUAUUGCCUGUAAGACUACGUAUCUUAUUUUUUCACUACUAUAACCAGAGGUUUUUCCCAUUGCGAAUCAAUGGAAUUUUUUUUGUUAUAGAACAUGAUUUUCCCAUCGAACCAGCUCAUUGGGAAAAUGCAUGGUGGAAAUAGAUUCUCACUGAAAUAUUGGAAAGCUUCCUAAUUUUUCCAUAUGAAAAAACUACUAUUUUUUCUUUUCCACUGAUUCAAUCAAAUAUCUUGUGGUAAUAACCAUUGAGCAUUUUUAUGUGGGGAACUUCAAUGGGAAAAUAGUGAUUUUUUAGUAGUGUAUGCAGUUUUAUGUUUUAUGGUUUUAGUCACAAGCUCUGGUUGUGUGCUUCAAAGUUUUAUUAAUUCCCCUGUAUAUAGUGCUCUUCUUGUUACUACUUUUCUUGUAUCAAUAUUUUCCAGGGACAAGGAAGGGCUUUUUGUGCUGGUGGUGAUGUUUCACUUUGUUUUCAGAAUCCUGGUAUUUGCUAUGCCUGAAGCAGAUUUGGGACACUUUCCUGAUGUAGGCGCCUCUUACUUUUUAUCAAGACUUCCAGGAUUCUUUGGGGAAUAUGCUGGUCUUACUGGUUCUAGGUUGGAUGGAGCUGAAAUGCUUGCUUGUGGUCUUGCAACCCACUUUGUAUCAUCAGAUAAAUUGCCACUUUUAGAACAAGCACUAGUUAAAGUCAAUAAGAGUGAUCCAGAUGCUAUAUCUGCUAUCAUAAGUUGCUUCUCCCACAUACCAAACUUGAAAGAAGAAAGUCCUUGUCACAAGAUGAAGAUUAUUAAUCACUGUUUCUCUCGAAGGACAAUUGAAGAAAUCAUAUCUACUCUUGUACGUUUGGGAGAUGGAUGGUCGUUUGAUGAAAGUGAGGCUUUGGACAAGAAGGAUGAAUGGAUCUCUUCAGCCAUUCAAUCGCUGAAGAAAGCAUCCCCUACAAGCCUUAAAAUUUCCUUGAGAUCAAUAAGAGAAGGGAGGCUUCAAGGUGUUGGUAGUUGCCUUGUCCGUGAAUAUAGGAUGGCUUGUCAUGUGUUGAGGGGAGAAUUUAGCAAGGAUUUUGUUGAGGGAUACAGAGCCAUAUUCAUUGACAGUGAUAGAAAUCCUAAGUGGGAGCCCUCCAGACUGGAACUAAUUAGAGAUGAUGAUGUUGAUCGUUUCUUCUCCAAGAUAGAUGAUGAAGAUUGGGAAGACCUAAAGCUGCCUCCAAGAUCAAAUUUGCCUUGAUAUGCAAUUGCCAAGCUUUAAAAUUGACUUCUGAAGAUCAUGCAAUACUCUACAGCAUGUUGCGUUCUCUAGAUCAUUAUGAAGGCGUCAAUGACUAUUAAAACAAGGGUCACCACUUUAGAUAAGUUAGCCACUAGUCUUGCUAUGAACUCUCUGAUUUACAAGCAAAUGUGCUUCCUGUCUUGAAACACAAGCAGUGUGACUUAUAAUUAUGUUUGAACUUGCGAGUUUUUAUCCUUGAUUUUGACUGAUGGCAGUUGAACUAAUUCUCUAGGCAAUAAAAAAUAAAUCUGAUCG